CUCCAACACAACCCAACUACCCCACCAAACGAACUUCACGCACACGCACGACCCCCACCACCGCAGCAGUAUCCCCCCGCACCCCGCAUCGAUUCCGGAUCCCCCAUCCUCGGCGAUCUAGAAAACACCCACACAAGACAAUUCCGAUGACGGCCGUGCGAGCAGGCCCCGCGCAGAAGCCGCCGCCAGAAUUGACCCCUUCCGCCGCCGACCACAUCCCAAUAUCCCGCGAGACAGGCGUGGUCGAACCGCCGCACCAGUUGCGCCCCGGAGAGUCAAAACCAUGGGCCCACUUCGUCGCCGGAGCUGCGGGAGGUAUGACCUCAACAUUCCUGACGUCGCCGCUGGACGUCGUCAAGACUAGGUUGCAGAGCGAUUUCUACAAGCACCAGCUGGACGUCCGACGAGGCACUGGCUCCUCGGCGCCCGUCGGCGUCAUGAAGCAGGGCCUGCAACACUUCCGGGAAACCUUCCAGAUCCUCGGCGACGUGCACAGGAUAGAAGGCUGGCGCGGGCUGUUCAAAGGGCUCGGGCCGAACCUGAGCGGCGUGGUCCCCGCGCGCGCAAUCAACUUCUACACGUACGGAAACGGCAAGCGGCUGAUCGCGGAGCGGUUCAACGGCGGGAAGGAGACCCCUCUGGUGCACCUGUGCGCAGCCGCGUGCGCCGGGCUCGUCACCGGCACCGCCACAAACCCCAUCUGGCUCGUCAAGACGCGGCUGCAGCUGGACAAGGCGACGGCGCGGGGCGCGCACGGCGCCGGCCGCCAGUACAAGAACAGCUUCGACUGCGUGAAGCAGGUGGUGCGGCAGGAAGGCGUCAAGGGCCUGUACCGCGGGCUGUCCGCGAGCUACCUUGGCGUCACCGAGAGCACGCUGCAAUGGGUCCUCUACGAACGCAUGAAGACGUACCUGGCCCGCCGCAAGGCCGACAUCCUCGACGCCGGGAAACCCAUGACCGCUUGGGACGAGUUCGUGGACACCGGAGGAAAGCUCGGUGCCGCUGGAACCGCGAAGUUGUUUGCUGCCUGCCUCACUUACCCCCAUGAGGUCGUUCGCACCCGCAUGCGACAGAGACCCAUGAACGGCGAGAGACCGAAGUACACCGGCCUCCUACAGUGCUUCCGCACUAUCUGGAAGGAGGAGGGAAUCGUCUCGAUGUACGGCGGCUUGAGCCCGCACUUGCUCCGCGUCGUCCCCUCGGCGGCAAUCAUGUUCGGCAUGUACGAGGCGAUCCUGCACCUGCUGGGCGAGAAGUCAUAAGUCAAGUCGUAAGUCGUAGAAAGAUAACAAAACGAAUAUCUCCGGGCUGGUUUUUUUUUUUACUCAGUGUCGUCAUUUCUCCCUCUUUCAUCAUCGAUCACGCACAUAAUUCAACUUCAACUCAUCUCAUGCCUACGCCUAUGCCUAUGCCCCUACCUGUACAACAUCAUCAACAUCAAUAUCGCCAUCAUCAUCCUUUUAACGACGGUUAGCAUUUUAUUCUUUCUGGGUUGGAAAACAAAAUUAGAGGGAGAGGGAAGAGGAGAGUUCGUGGGGGGGUACGUUUUUUCGGCGGCGGCGGAGGAGGUUCUCUUUUCAUUCGGGGCGUCCAGCUGUUUGGCUGUUCGUUGGUUGGUUGGUUGGUCUGUCCGUUGGCUUUGUUGGUUGGUCGAUUGGUCGGUUGGUUGGUUUACUUGUAUUGUACAUUAGAAAAUUCACGCACGAGGGUUCUGUCUG